UCAUCUCUUCAUCAUGAAGGGAGUAUUGGCUGCUCUCAGUUGUGAUAGUCAGAGCGAGUGAACAUGUCUCUGCCAAAGCUCUGGGGUUUCCAUCACAUUCUCCUGCUGUCUGUAUUCACCGGCGCAGCUAAUGGAUAUUAUAAUUACCAUUGGUCACAGUGCAUCUACAGCUCCCCUGAUUUCAGUGACAUGGUGUUCUUGGUUGGCUAUUACUUCAAUAAGUAUCUGGACGUACAGUACAACAGCACUGUGGGGAAGUUUGUGGGGUUUACUGAGGUUGGAGUGAGAAAUGCAGAGAACUGGAACAAAGAUCCAGCAAUCUUACAGCAAUUAAAGGCUGAGGUUGAUACAUUCUGUAAACCUAAUGCUGUACUGUACAAAACAGCUAUCCAUGAUAAAGCAGUGGCUCCAGCUGUGAAGCUGAGUUUAGUGAAGCAGGGCGACAGCAGACAUCCAUCGCUGCUGAUGUGCAGCGCGUAUGACUUCUUCCCUGAGAAAAUCAAAGUGUCCUGGCUGAGGGACGGUGUAGUGGUGACUUCUGACGUGACCUCGACUGAGAAGAUGCCUAACGGAGACUGGUACCACCAGAUCCACACUGAGCUGGAGUACACUCCCAAAGCUGGAGAGAAGAUCUCCUGUAUGGUGGAGCACGCCGGCUUCAAGAAACCCAUGAUCUAUGACUGGAACCCUCCUCCGCCUGAGUUUGAGUGGAAUACGCCGCUGUCAUUCACUGCUGGAGCUGCUGGACUGAUGCUGGGGAUCAUCAUAGCGGCUGCUGGAUUCAUUUACUACAAGUCAACAUCAACAGAUGAGAUCCCAGUACUACAUUAAUGAUGGUCCUCAUCCAGACUGAAAGACGCCUCAUCAUGGAGAAACACACACACACACUCUUCGUGACACAACUAACACACACAGUGUGCUUCAAAAUAAACCAUCAUGAUGAAGAUAGAGGAGAUCAUAUCAGACGUGUUACCGCUAAUAUUUCAGCAUCUUUAGGCAGUAUUGACAGUAUUGAUGCUUGAAGUUUGUUAGCUAUAAAAAUGAACUAUAUACCUGUGAAUUCACAGAGCAGUGUAAACAACUCAGUAAAUGUUAUAUUCUGUGCCGUGUUCCUGAUCUACUGUAGCUGAUACCAAUUUACGGGUAAUUGAGAUAUCAUGAGUGCAGUAUUACGGUAUUACAGAGUAUUGUUUACUGUGUUUAGAAAAAUGGAACAAACUGUUUUGUCUAAAACUUGUUUAAAAAGCUACAAUUGUUUCAGGAAAGUGUAUGGGACAUCAUACUUGGCUACACAUCAUGUCACUCUUUCACUUUUUACUUGUGGCCAAAUCUGUGGAACAAAAGCAGAUGACAGUGAAACAUCAGUAUUCUGUGUGCUGAGAAUAAAACAGUGUGAUUGUUCUCUGAUUAUAUAUAAAACACAGCAUUAUUCAUCUAAAAUGGAUGGUAAAAGGGGAUGGUGGUUUUACAGAGGGGAUGCUUCUUGUCAUGUUUUUUUUUUUUAAAUCAGUGUGAAGGUGCACUACCCACUAGGUGCAGAGUGGAUGAGAAGCACAGAUAAAGAAUAAAAAGACACCAACAGGU